AACAAGGCCGCCAUAUUGAAUCACUCUCGUUAAUUUUUGCGCGAAGGCGGUGUUAAUCUUUUACCCCCUUACGGGAUAGUCCGAGGUGCGAUCGGAGGGUUGAUCGAGUGUUUAAAAGGUGUUUUAAUAUCGUAUAGUUAAAAGAUGUGGAAUCGUUCGUGUCGGAGAAUCGGAGGAAUGUUUAAUAUCUCGUCGGACAUCAUGCGGUGAAGUGCGGUGGGUCCCUAGGACGAGUGUGUGGAGAGCGGCUGCUUUGUGUAAUCGAUUUGUGUGUCAAGCGGUUUACACAAAUUUGGACCAACCUUGAUUGACCCCCAGGGUCGUAGCACUGGGGAGGAUGGAGGCGAUGGAUUUGGACGGGGAUACUGUGGUUGACCUUAGCGUCGGCAGUAGCAGUAGAAGAGACUCCCCGUCCGUCCCUUCCAAUUCCGCGGACUUCGUUGUACCACUGGAUUUAGGUGCUCAUUUUUCGGCUAGUCCUGGAUUAGAAAAUAAUGUGCCAGAGGCUAGAAAUAUACAAAAUGCCACACGAGGUAUACUCGGGGCCAAGUCAGGCGAAGAUAGAAGACCUCGGCGCAACUUGAGACCCAGAACGGAACGAAGCUAUGCUGAAAGUCCCGACGAGCCAAGAAUGAAUGGUUACGUAAACGGAAAUGCAUCAGAUAGCGAGGAAGGAGAAAUGCCGCCGUUGUUACCAAUCAAGGAAUUAAGUUCGGACGAAUUAGCGGAGCGUGAAAGAAAUCUUAGAAAACUAAGGGAAGAUCUGAGAUCUGAAGAAAUGAAAUUAGUAUUGCUUAAAAAGUUGAGACAGUCGCAGCAGCUCAAAGAAAAUAUUGCGGCUGUUCCAAAAGUACCCAGUAAAUUACCACCGCCAGUAACAGUACAACCAGUGGCGCACAGUCAUAGGACCAGCAAAGCGCCACCGCCGUUUUUAAAAGGCCAACCUCCUCCCAGCAGAAAUAGUAACAGUUUACACGGGCCACCUCCUGGUAUACUGCUUCCACCAAUGACUGUUAGAAGUGCUACUUCUAGUACCGGUAUGCCACCAAAUAUGGUAAUACCACAACCACCUCAUCCCAGAGGUAGACCUUCGAGCGUAGCCACCAAUGUUCCAAGUUAUCACGCCCCAGCUGAUAGAACUGAAAGAUCUACCAAAGAUCCAACACCUGCAAUCGCUCAUCAGCAGCUUAUUGGAACUCAGGAAAACAAACCCAGCACAUCGAUAAGCACCCCUGCGCUUCCUGAGCAGGAAAGGACACGAGAAGAUAAUCAGACACCUGCACAGCGUCAGGCAGCGGCGAAGUUAGCUCUUCGUAAGCAACUAGAAAAGACACUGCUUCAAAUUCCACCACCAAAGCCGCCGCCACCAGAAAUGCAUUUUGUACCGAAUCCUUCUAAUACGGAGUUCAUUUAUCUCGUUGGAUUGGAACAUGUUGUAGAUUUUAUAACGAAAGAACCUGCUACACCUCCGCCUCCCGAACCAUUCGAGUGUACUCAAUGUAGAACAGAUUUCACCCCCGUUUGGAAAUGGGAAAAGUCAGGUCCCGGUGGUAAAAAAGAAGGUCCACGCGGACAACACGCUACCUUUCAACGACCUCCUGCUGGUCGUGAUCCUAGAGUUAUAUGCGAACAUUGUGUAACUACUAAUGUCAAAAAGGCCCUCAAAGCUGAACACACUAAUCGGUUAAAAACAGCAUUUGUAAAAGCACUACAGCAGGAACAGGAAAUAGAACAGAGACUGGCACAGGCAGCUUGUCCGAGCCCUGAUCCUCCUCCUCCAAAGCCAGUCCCAAAAGCAUCGACGCCCACAAGGAGAGUGGCUACUCCUCCAGCACCUCAGCAAGUUGCACAAGUCCCAGCACCUGCGCCUACACCUCCGGCGCCAAAACUUCAAGAUCAUACGCUGGCCAAACUCGCAGAGAGUGGAAAAUUCAGUCCGCAUCACGCAGCUGCUGCGGCUGCAUUCCAUCAACAGUUUCUUAGAGAACUGACGAAAAAUUCAGUACCUGGACUCCCACCUCAACAGCCAUUGCCGGCACAUGUAUUACCGGCGUUCAAUCCGAUUUUGUACCCGUAUCAGCUUGCCAUGGCACAAGCGACCAGUGGAAAGGGCCUUGUUGAGCUUCAAAGACAGGCAGCUGAUAUUCACCGUCAAUAUUUACUGGACAUGAUACCAUCUCAGGCAUCUCAGGCUCAAAGUAGUCAGGCUCCGCCGAGGGCUCACCCGCACAACUGGAAGACGUAACCGAACGCUCGUAAACGCAGUCAGUGAAAACUAAAAUUGGAAUAAAAAAGAUUCGAAAAUUUGAAGAAAAAAAAUAUAAAAUUUUUUAAUGAAAAUAAAUAGUAUAAUAUAAAGGGGGUUUACAAAUAAAACAAGCAAAUGAAAAUCGAGUAAAUGAAAUAUUAUGGGAAUAAAAACUCUGAUGAAUGAUGAUAAUUAAACGCUGUACGCGAUUUUCUUUUAAAGUGAAAAGAUUCAACUGCAUCGUACAAAUAUUAUAGUCAAUACUGAAUAUUGAUAAUCGACAUUGCAGUGUUUUCAUUAAAAUAUAAUUCAAUUAAAUAAUUAAUUCAAUGGAUUUCAAUGUAUCGUUAAACAUGGAAAAUGUUACUGUUGCUAAUGAUGAAUGAAUAAUGAUUGAAAAAUAAACAACAUAUAAUGAUACGAGAAACGAUAACAAACAAACAUGCCGUUUGAAGGCAAACAAUGAUAAAUUGAUGAAUGUUUUCUCAUUUGAUAUGAAUAUAUGUCUGUUUUUAUUUAUUUUAAUAUGGAUUAUUGUCAAUAACCAAAAAAAAAAAAGUGAAAAAAUGAAUGGAAUCAGUGAAUCUGACCGUUUUAGCGUUACGUUAACAGUUUGCUGUCAAUAGGUAAACAUAAAAACGAUCCAGUAGUUAUCGUUAUUGAUUCGAUUGUUGUAUCUAUGAAAAAAUUAUCUUUUUAAAUCCAGUUCAAACGUAUCGUUAUUCAUGCAAUCAAUAUUGAAUAUUGAUAUUUAUCUUUUUUCAUGUUAAAUAACGGCGAGCGGUACAAGCACAUGGACCGAAACGUAUAUACACAUAAACACGAGUAUGACACAAUUGAAUGAAAAAUAGUUAACAUAUUGUAGUCUAAGAAUGAAUCGGAAUUUUAAAACAAUAAGAAUGUUGAAAAUCGCAUUGGUUACGUGAUUAAAAGAAAUUGUCCAAAUUUUUGUUGUUCUUCUUUACAACUUUAAUAGGCGUGCGAUCGUAAUUCUUUAAUUUGUACGUCGUAAAAUACAAAAUACUGGCCUCGAACGUUAAAAGACGCGUACCGUACGCGAAUCAAGACUUUUGAUAAGCACAACGGCUCACCUUUUUUUUUCUUCUUUCUCUUUUCUUUUCCCUAACCUAAAGCAACAAAUUUAAGGAAGAAGAAACUGAACUGUAAAAAAAAAUCAACUAAUCGUGAAAAAAAUAAGAUCUAAUAACCGAAGGUCGAGAAGUGCGUAAUGUAAGCACGUGAGUGAAUAUAUAAAAGUAAUAAUAAUUGAUAUAGACAUAACGAACAUUUGUAAAGGUCUUAAGGCAGUAAUAAGUGUUAUAUAAUAAUUAAAAAUGGAAAAAUGAAACGUAAAAAAGAAUAAAAAACAACAAUCGAGUAACUGAAUUAUAUAUAUAUAUAUAUAUGUGUGUAUGUAUAUAUAUAUAUAUAUUUAAAAAAAAAAUCUUUCUAGACUUUUAGGAUUAAGACAGUCUUGGUCGCUGGUUUCAGUUACGUCAGCGGCGGUACCUGUACUCUGUGUAUAUCUGUUUCCUUUCAUCUUUUCAAACUAAGUGACUAUUUGUAAAAACAAAACUGGACUUGAAUUUCUAGUAGCUAAAAUUUUUUUCAUCAUUUCGUAAAGGCCAGGGACCUUUUACGGAUUUAUUCAAGUGAUCAUCUUCCGUUGGAGGAAGAGAGAAAAAUAAAAAUAAAAAAAAUAAAACUUUUGUUCAAAAGUGACAAUAUAACUCGCGCGCGUGCACAAAAUAAGCAAUUUGAAAAUUAAUUCCUAAAUAAAUUAUUACACAUAUGAUCCCGGAAGAAAUUGCCGGUGAUACUUGCUUAUGUUUUUCAUCUAAAUAAUACGAAGAAUGAAGGGAAAAAAUUAUCAGUUUGGUUAGACUGGAGUUUUAAUAUUUUAUUAAAGACAUUUUUAUACCAUAAGUCCUAGUUCCGUCUAUGCAUGCAAAUUAACCCUAAUCAAAUUUAUUUAAACUAUAUUGUACCUGUAUUAGAUUGAAAAAGGCGCCGGCAUUUUCUUCCCCAUCACAUUCUUGGCCUUGAUUUCAUUAAAAUUUCGUAAACACUUUUUGUGUUUAUUAAGAUAAUAGCCGUUCAUAUGUCCGAUUCACUAAAUAAAUAUACCUACUAUAGUCCCGAUAUUUCUCGGUAUAUAAUAAAAUAAAUAAAAUAGCGUAAUCGUCCCUCUUUGUAAUACACGAAUAGAACUUCGAACUCAUAAAGUAAAUAAUAUACACCAUAAUCUAUGGAUCGCAUAAUAGAUAAAAGAUCUCUGUGUUUUGUAUAAUAAAGCGACAUGUUGAGA